GGAAUAUCAUUUAGAAGGAGAAGUUAACAACUCGACACUGCUGUCAAGUCAACAUUGGAAUAUCAUUUGGAAAUGAAUGUGCAUUAUGGAGGGAUACUGCUAUCACGUGUAUGCCUAUUUAUAUAGGCCUGGACUGAGUUUUUAUGAGAUUGCUUGACGUUGAAGAUGUCAAGUGAAAAUGAUAAAGAUGCAAUCGCUAUAGCCUCUGUGACACAAGAUGGAAGGUUCUGUUUAAAUAUGAACAAUGUAAACACUCUUGUACACAAGCUAGCAGACAAAGAAGAUGUUGCUAUUAUCUCAAUGGCUGGAGCCUUCAGAACUGGGAAGUCUUUUAUGCUAAGCAUAUUUCUACGUUAUCUAAGAGAGAAAGGGUGGGAAAACGCGGAUUGGUUUGGAGCGGAAGACAAAAAGCUGCAUGAUGGUUUUGAUUGGGAAAGGGGACGAAAACCACAUACGCAAGGAAUAAAUGUUUGGCCUGAGAUAUUUAAUGUACCAUUAGAAAGUGGAAAUAAGAUAUCUGUAAUGAUUGUUGACACCCAAGGUCUACACGACCUUUCAAGUACACGAGAUACGAAUCAUAAAAUAAUGAUGCUGAGUACCCUUCUUUCUUCUCAUCAAAUUGUCAACUGUUCAAAAAAUAUAGAGCAAAGAGACCUGGAAUUUUUGCAUUCAUCCGUGGAAUAUGCAAAAGCAAUUGCCAGAAAGUUCCAAACAAAAGAUGAGCAUCCUUUUCAGGCAAUUACUUUUCUGGUUCGGGAUUGGGACUGCGAUUUUGAAUUCUCUUUUGGUGACAAUGGUGGCUGUGAGCUUGUUGAAAACAUUUUGAAAGAUAUUCCAGCAAAUAUGCCAAGAACAGUUAAAGAAGUGAAAGAAUCAAUUGGCAUUGCUUUUGAAAAUGUGUAUGGAUUUUUGAUGCCUCUCCCUGAAAAGGAAAUUCGUGGAAAACUGGAAUAUUCUGCAAUUACUAAUGCAGAUAUUGAAGGUGAAUUCCGAAAAUACGCUUGCCAAUUGACAGAAAAGAUUUUGCAUCCCAAAAACCUCAUAGCAAAACAAAUGUGUGGCCAACCAAUGUCCACAAAUACUUUUCUUGGUCUUAUAGCAGAAAUCAGCAAAGUGUUUGAGAGUGGCGACUUGCCUCCUGUUGAUAAAAUGAUCAAGUGCUAUGAAAAAGCAGACAACAUAGCUGAUUUGAUAAAUGCUGUUUCAAUUUAUCAGCAACAAAUGAAUAAGAACAUCAGCAAAUUUGACAAAAUUAUUUCAGAAGAUGAUGUUUUUAAGCACCACAAAAAUGCCAUGCAAGAAGUCCACCAGUUAUUUUCUCAAAAGACAUCAAACAGUUCUGAAGUGGAAAGAAGUGAAGUGUGGAAACGAAUUGAAGAAGAUUGUGAAAAUUAUUCUAAUUCAGUUCUUGAUGAAAAUAAAGAGAAGAAACGCCAAAGAGAACAGAAAAUCUAUGAAAUAUCAGCAGAAUUGGAAAAGCAAUAUGAACAAAAGAUAAGAGAUUUGAAUAUAUCAGCAAUGCCAGAGGCAGAUCUGGAGGCCCAACUCACGAAAUAUCGAGAGGAAGCUGAGCAGAAGUAUAACAAAGAGACCGUAGAUUGCACAGAUGUUCUCUCAGACAUCAUUGAUGAAAUACGGCAAAGGCUGAUGAAUAAAUUGUCUGACUUUUCUAAACUUUUGAAAAGUGAAAAGGAAAUAGAGGAAAAAAACAAGAAACUUGUGCAGAAGGAAGAAGAGUUGAAUAUUCAAAAUGCUGUUCGUGAAGCUGAAAUUUCAUUUGACAAAGAAAAGGCAGAGAUUGUAAAGGAAUAUCACUCAGACAUUUCCAAGAAACUAGAGAACAAAAAGCUAAAUCAAAUGUUUGUUUUUGAUCAAAAGUGUGUUGCUUUUAAAAAUCGAACUGAGGUUGAAAAAUACAGAGAAAAACUCAUGGAAACUUUGAAAGAAUCUAUUAAAUUAGCUGAAAAUGAAAAUUCAAAGACUAAGGAACAACUCACAAAAGAAUACAGAGAUAACAUCAAAAUUGCUUCCAAGGAAUAUGAAAGAGAAAUGGAAAAGUAUCUGGCCAAAGGCCCUGUUGAUAAAGAUGAAUUGUCCCAGCAUCACGGGAGUUGUAAAACAUUAGCACAGAAAAUAUUUGAUGACAAAGUCAAGACUAUGAAAACUCAUCUGGAGUAUCCAGCUUUAGAUAACUUCAGAUCAGAAUUGAAAAAAAGCAUUCAAGAUAAAUAUAUCAAAGGUUUUAAGAAGACAAAUCAAAUGAAUUUGACUCUGCUUCAGCAACAGGAAAAAGAUUCCGAAGAAUGUGUUAAACAUAUCAAAUCUGCUUUGGAAAACUAUACUAAAGAAAUGAAUGAGUUGCUGGCAAGCGGAGCUUAUUUUGAAGAUGAAGAAUUGAAGGCAAAACAUGAUAUUCGUGAGAAAAAGUUGAAAGAGGAAAUUAUAGCUUUAACUGCUGAUCUCUCAGAACAACAAAGAAAUAUUGACCUAAUUGAAGAACAGCUACAAGCGAAGUUUUUACAAUUCCAAUCGAAGAAUAACGAUAAUCGAGCCGAAGCACUAGAGAAUGAGAAACUGGAGCUCAUUAGGACCUCUGUGCAGCAAUAUACAAAUUCUAUGAGAGAGCUCACUAUGAAUAACAUCAUUGAAGAAAAAAUCUUGGAAGAAAAGCAUAUUGAAUUCAAAAACAAAGCAUUGGAAACUUUAUCCAACAAUUCAAUGUUCCUUAAUGAUGACUGGGAAGAUGUGAAUCAAACAUUGGACAAUAUUCAUCUGCGAUUUAGGGCCGAAAACAACAAUGCCAAAGAAAAGGAAAAGUUUGAUGAUGAUAAACAGAAAUUAUAUCUGGAGAAACUCAAGACAAGGAGAGAUGACUGUAGAAAUGAAUUCAUUGGGGAAAUCAGGAAGCAUGGUAAAAAGUAUACAGAAAACUUUGAAAAUAUUUGCUGUGAUACUAAGGAAAAAAUCAUGAAAAAGUUUGAUGAAGCUGUUCAAUGUCUGAAAGGAAAUAUCUCGGAGGAAGAUUUUGAAAAAACAAUGAAAGAAUUGGAACUUGAGAUAAACAAAGAAAUUGAAAUUGCGAUGCUGGACAACACAGAGAAUCAGACACAUGAAAAAAACAAUGUUGAGACGAUAGUGAACACGUUUACGACAUCUUAUCGCUCUAUGUUGAAUAAGCACAUGAAAAAGCACUACGUGAAGCCAACUCGUUUAAAUAAAACCGAAAAAGAAUUCCUUGAUGAUAUUGAGAAGGGAACAAUGGGUCAAAACAUAAAGGAUAAGAUCAUCCUCGCGAUCAAAGCAGAAACCGAAAAAGCAAGAAACUUGAAUGCUAAGAAUGAGAGGUUUAGGAUCUUCACACUCGAUGACGACUCCAUUAUUGAACAGCUGAGAAAACUUGUUUCAAAUUUACUAACAUAUUUGUUUGGUAAAGAUACUCCGAAAGACGAUAUGGAAGCACAAAUUAUAGAAUAGAACAAAUAGAAAAAAUUUGAUGAGCCCUUUGAGUCAAUUUAUAUUUUAUUAGUUUAUCCCUCUCUACUAACAAGUAACAAACUUAUGAAACGCAUUUGCUUGUGAUUAGUGUAAUUGAAAUGGACAGGUGGAUCACUACCCUAAAUUCUCGUUAUUAUUAAAAAAAAUCGCUCUUUUCUGCAACUAAUGAUUCAAUUGAUUUCAUUCUUUUACUACAGUUGAUUAGAGUCGCUAGUAGGCUAAAACUUUUAUUUUUAAAUUCCUCCUGCCAGUGUGGGACCCGAUAUCCUACCAAAUAUUUUGCUGUUUUAUUUUAUUGAAGUGGAACACUUCUUUAUUUCAUAACAGCUUAUUUACUGAUCUUUUGUUCAAACUAGUUGCUUGCCUAUGUCAUCUUCAUUCCCGUAAUAUAUUAUACAAUCCAAUACUUUUUAGCUUGCUUAUAUAAUAUGUACUUUGCAAAUAUGCACUGCUUUUAAUAUAACGCUUGGCAAUUUUUUGGGUAAUUGUUUAUAAUAUUGCUCUGCACAAAGAUGAACAUUUUUUAAUCUAGCACAAUAUUAAUUUGCAAUAAUAAAAAUCCUAUUCGAA